GUUUGGCUAGAAGGACUUCAUCUUAUAAAACUAUUGCAUAAUCGAUAUGCAACAGUACAAGCACACGGUAUUGAUAGUAUAAAGUGUGCAAGAUUGCACAAACUAGUAUUUCUUGCACGCAAAUUAAGAUGCAGCCAGAGAGAGGUGAACGAGAACCUCUGUUAAAGCGGACAGUUGAUUCUUCAGAAUGUAGGAAAGACCCAAUCAGCAAUGUCAACGAUGAAAAGGAAAAUGACUUUUCAUUUUCAAAAAUUCCCAGACAAAAGAAGAUUCUACUAGCAUCCAUGGCAACAGUGAACUUUUUUAGUGUAACUUGUUUUUCUCUGUUAGCUCCAUUUUUUCCAGCUGAGGCAGAAAGAAAAGGUGUGUCACAAACUGUGGUCGGCCUUAUUUUUGGAGUCUUUGAAUUUGUGAUUUUUAUGUCAUCCCCAAUAUUUGGAAAUUUUAUUACAAGAAUUGGGUCAAAGUUCAUGUUCCUUGCUGGAACCAUGGUGGGUGGGGCUUGUGCAAUACUAUUUGGAUUGUUAGACAAGAGUCCAGAUGGAACUACCUAUAUUGUGAUGUGUUUUCUCUGUCGAACAGUAGAAGCUUUAGGAUGUUCCAUGUUUGUCACUGCAAGUUUUGCCAUUAUUGCCAAUGUGUUCCCUGACAAUGUUGCAACUGUUUUUGGUUUAUUAGAGACCUUUAGUGGACUAGGUUUGAUUGCAGGACCAGCUGUUGGUGGGGCGUUUUAUCAGCUGGGUGGUUUUGGACUGCCGUUCUUUGUAGUUGGAUCUAUAACAAUAGUAAAUGGGGUGGUUGGAUAUUUUCUCCUCGGGGAAAUAAAUGAUGCCCCAAGGCCAAGAAAAAAGUCCAUUCUUUAUCUUCUUUGGAAUCCAUUUUCAUGGGUCCUAAUGCUCUGCAUUUCAUGUGGGAGCUUUUCCCUGGGAUUUCUGGAUCCAACAUUAGCUUUACAUGCUGAAAAGCUACCAGAGUUAAAAGGCAAAGCAGCGCUUGUGGGGCUGAUGUUUCUGGUAGGAGGUGGAAUUUAUUCCUUCACAGCUCCACUAUGGGGAUAUCUUACAGACAAAAAGGGCUAUGUUAAAACCAUGAUUAGUAUUGGAAAUUUGGUAGCAGCAGUAGGAUAUUUAUUGAUGGGACCCACUCCACUGAUACCCGACUUACCAUUCAAGCUCUGGUUGCUGUUAUCAUCACUGGCUCUAAUGGGCUUGGGAAUUGGUUGUGCCAUCAUUCCAACAUUUAGGGGUGUGCUUGAAUCUGCCAAAGAGCUUGGAUUAGAAGAAAAUAUGGACACUCAUGGGAUGGUGUCAGGUCUCUUCAAUUCCUGUUUUUCACUUGGGGCAUUCUUGGGGCCUACCAUAGGAGGAUUGUUAGCUGAUAAAUUUGGCUUUGAUUGGGCAGCAACAGGUUGUGCCGGUUUACUUACAUUCUCUGUGGUGAUACUAUUGGUGUUUAGUAUAUGUCGAGCAAACUCUCCUAGAAAACCAUAUCAGGGAUCCGUACACUUAUAUGACCCUACAGCCAGUGAGGCAGCUAUCAGUGGGGUGUGAACAGUCACUGAUUUAUUGUAUUUGAAGGCAUUUUAUAUAUUUAUAAUGUCCAGUUUAUAUAUUUUUUUUAUUUUUGGCUAUAUUGUGUAUGUUUUUUGUUAUUGUACAUAUAUAUAUAUGUAUAUUGAUAUAAUUUGUAAAAACUACAACAAUACGAAUGAUUUUCUUUGUACAUGGGAUAUACCUUUAUAAUGUAAGCCUUUUGUGUGUUUUUAAAGGUUUUUUUUUUAAUUUAAUACUCAUCAUUUUUAAUUAAUAAAUGCUCAAAUGUAAGCAAAGAACAAAUCAACUUGACAGUUGACAAUUACAGGGAACAAGAAGAAAUGGCCCACAUAGUCAUAUGUUGGAUAUUUCUCAUUCGUUAUCCCCUAGCACAAUUUGUUGAGAAGGGGACAUAGUAUUUUCAAAUAUGGAGGGGGGGGGUGUUUGUGUGUACAAGUGUACAAAGACUUAUGGACAGUAUUAAAAGAAAAAUUUACCCUAUAGAAGCAUUUAACUUUUUCAUCCUUCUAAAGAACUGCAAUUAGU